GCUCCAAAAAUAGCAAACUGGCAGCCAGCUAAACUUUUCAAGGUCGUCGCUGGCAAGUUUCUGGUGGCAAAUCAUUUCUAUUUGUUUCAAUUUAGUGUGCAUCUAAAAAAGAGCGGGGAAAGUUUCUAAAGUGCACUCCGCUCCCGCCAUCUAAAAUGAAAUAAAAGUUAAGCCCAAAUAAAAAGACAUCAGAUUUGGUUGCAAACUUUUUGUUUCCUGUUCCGCCCACUUUUUUCAGCGUGAAAUGUUUGUGUGUGUGGAAAAUCAAACAAACUGUAGUUAGAUACACGGCCGUAAGCGGGGGCUUUCCCGUUCGAAAGUGAAAUUGUCGAGCAGGAGGAGUGAAAAGCGCUGCCUACAUUUGGGCUCCACCGAAGUUGGUUGUCAUGCACGAACUCAUUGGCAAAUACAGCCAUUCGGACAUGGACAUGCUGAAGGAUCAGCUGAAGCGUGGGGGCUACAUGGGCGCCCUUGGGCCGCCCACGCCCGGCACACCCGCCCCCUCGCCCUUCCUGAUGCCCGCCGAAUUCUACAAGAGCCUGCUCGCCAGCGCCGUGCUGCAGCAGCAACAGCAGCACAAGUUCUACGCCGGCACGCCCUCGCCCAGUCCCGCCCCCAGUUUGUCACCCACCUCAGGUCGCCAACUGCUUUUUUCCACGGCAGCUGCGGCAACCGCUUGUGCUCCGGAGAAUGGUCAAGUGAAGACGGAGCUCGAAGAGCAGGACCAGGAGAACGGGGCGCCGGAAGACGUUGGACAUGAGGAGCAGAAACCCAUCAUCGCAGAGAACCCAACGCCGAGUAAGCCGCACAACAACAACGGCUACUCGUGGUCCACCGGCAACAACAACGAGGUUGUCAGUCAUAGCAGCAACGGCCACAACAACAACCACCCAACAACACCACCCACUCCGCCCAACGAGGCGAGCGCCACCCAAGCGACUUCAGUGUCCGCAAUUAAUUUGAAUCAAGCCCAACCCGCAUCACAGACGCGUUCAAACUUUGGCAGCUCCAUAAAGUCACCACCAUCAGAACCGGACGCGGUCACCGCUGCCACGUGCAAAAGUCAGGAGAAUAACUCCGGCCAGAACCCCACCUCCAACUCCCUCUCCGAUCCCAACCCGGCUCACAACCUUAACUCGAAUUCAACGUCCGCUGCCGUGGCCGCCGCUGCCGCCGCCGCCGCCGCUGCCAACAUGCCGAUCGGCGGCGUCCAGGGCCAGAAUCCCACCCAGGGUCUGGUCCACUGGAUGAGCGCCGUGAUGGCCGAGCACAUGACCGGCCAGACGCACCACGAUCCUGGCGCCGUAGGCAUGCACUACAUGUGGAACGGGAACGUUGACCAUGCCAAAGACAUAAGCGAUUACAAUCUUUGGCCGCCAACGCCGCGCAGUCAUCAGCAUGCCAGCGAGCAUCAUCCGAUGUCCCUGAAGCAGGAGUACGAGACCAAAAUGAACGACCACCACCACAACAAUCUGCAGAAAGGUCACUUUCUGGAUGACAAUCGUCUGGAGCAUCAUGCGGUUACCGGACAAGGAGGCCUGGGUCUGGGCGCAUCCAACGGAGUUGGCGGAGGAGGCGGUGGCGCCUCGGUGGGUGGAAAUUCCAGCCUGGGCGCCAGCUCCCACCACGCCGUCGCCGCCGCCCACCAUCACAACCAGGCGGUGGCAGCUGCUUCGGCGGCCGCUUUGCUGGUGGUGCCCCAGCCGAUCAAUGCCAGCAAAAUGGGCGGACCCGGCGGUGUCUCCUCGAUGGCGGGUGGACAUUCCACCGGCGGAGGGAGUGGACGCAAGUAUCAGUGCAAAAUGUGCCCCCAGAUUUUUAGCUCGAAGGCAGAUCUCCAGCUGCACACGCAGAUCCACAUGCGGGAGGCAAAGCCGUACAAGUGCACCCAGUGCUCGAAGGCCUUCGCAAACUCGUCGUAUCUGUCGCAGCACACCCGGAUCCACCUGGGCAUCAAGCCGUACCGCUGUGAGAUCUGCCAGCGAAAGUUCACGCAGCUCUCGCAUCUGCAGCAGCACAUCCGGACGCACACGGGCGACAAGCCGUACAAGUGCAGGCAUCCCGGCUGCCAGAAGGCCUUUUCGCAGCUCUCCAACCUGCAGUCGCACUCGCGGUGCCACCAGACGGACAAGCCGUUCAAGUGCAACUCCUGCUACAAGUGCUUCUCCGACGAGCCCUCGCUGCUGGAGCACAUCCCCAAGCACAAGGAGUCGAAGCACCUGAAGACGCACAUCUGCCAGUACUGCGGCAAGUCCUACACCCAGGAGACCUACCUGACCAAGCACAUGCAGAAGCACGCGGAGCGGACGGACAAGCGGCCGCCAAUCGUGCCGGGCAGCGCGGCGGCCGUUGCAGCGGCGGCCGCGGCAGCUGCCGGCGGUUCCGCCAACCCAGCAAAUGGACCGCCUCCGCCCCCCAAUCCUGCCCAGCAUCAGCGCAACAACCUGGGCCUGCCCCCCGUCUCGAUUGCCCCCAGCGACAACGGCUACUGGCCAAAGGUAAGUCCGGACUCGGCCGCUGCAGCCAACGCCAUGGAGGUGAUGCACCAGCAGCAGCAGCAGCAGCAACAACAGCAGCAGCAGCAACAGCAACAGCAGCAGCAGCAGGCGCACCACCACCAUCCGCAACACGGAGUCCCGCCGCAGCAACAUGUCCCGCCCCAGCAGCAGCAGCAACAACAGCAGCAGCAACACCAUCAUCCGCAGCAGCAACCUCCUCCGCAGCACAGCAUGGAAGCCCACUACGCUCAGCCGACGGCUCCCAACGGAUCCCAAAGCAACGGACACGGCGCCGAGUUGCAGCCCCAUCAUCGCAUGCCCGAUCCGGUGCGGGAGGAUAUUGCCUCGACACCCAGUGCCGUGGGUCCCUAUGAUGCCGCAUCCAUAACGAAAACCACCAGCAACUCGGCGUUUACGCCGAUAAACUCGAUGCCCCCGCACCUGAACUCGCUGAGCCACCACCCGAUGGCCCAGCGGCCCUAUCUCUACGAUGCCAUCAGCUUCCCGAACAAGAACGUGAACCAGAACAACGCGAACGCGUUCCCCAACCAGCUGAUCUCGCUGCACCAGAUCCGCAACUACGCCCACCAGCCGGCGGGACUGAUGGCGGGGGAGCACCUGCUGGGCGUGAGCGUGGGUCCUGGGAAGGACAAGGGAUAGCUAGGGGCCUACUUCUAGGUGGGAGGUAGUUCAUCCGUUGCUUCUCCAAGCGGAGACGAGGCGUGCAUUCCUGUACAGUAUUAAUUUGUAGUUAGUCGUAGCGAGUAAAGGUCAUUUUGUAAUUUUUGUAGAUCUUCUUGGGUUAAGUUAAGGGUGUUCUCGCGCACUCGAUAAGCACUAUGUAAAUGGCCAACGAUACGUACUCUAAUUUGACAAACACCGUCCAAACCUAUGUUUACACAAUGUCCAGCACCAGUUCAGGUCCAGAUAAAGGUCGUGGGAUAUGAAUUCGGUCCAGCAAAAGUUUUCCCGUCGAGUGAUUAGUUUUCGAAGACCUCGUCUCUUGCCGCUUGUAAAUAUAAUUGGAAAUAGAUUUGUUUUCGAUGUACACGGAUCUCGCAGUCUUGAAGCAAUGGCAUAUAUCAAAAGCUGCUCACUAAGCCGAUAUAUUUGUACAUAGAUAUACAUCACCUAAAGGAACUUACCGGCAAACGUAACUUACAUUUACAUACAAAUCCUCAUAUAUAUUUGUUUAGGUGUAUCGUAUUAAAUACAGAUAUUUCCGAGAAGAUUCUCUCGAGAAACAAAACACAAAAAAUGCAAAAUGAAUUCAAGAAAUCAAACGUGUUUACAACUAUAAAUGAAACUAUGCGAUAGAUGAAAACUAUUUUGAAAAAAACAUUUCUAAGUAUAUGUUGGCAGUUGCAAAAACCGAAGUAUAAAACAAAAACCGAAAAGAAAUGUUGUACUACUUUUUGGAAAGACUGAAGAGAUCGAAAUUAACCUUUAAUUGAACCAGCGGAGGAAAUGAUGAAAAUCAAACAUUUUAAAGCGCGUUUUUACUGCAGUUACUAAGCAAACUGAAUGUGUCCUAUAAAAUUUCGUACUAAAUGACAGAAACUAAACCUAAACGUAAUUACGAGUAUGACAACAUCAAAUGUAAUGUAUUAUUAAAUAAAGUAAUUUUAAUUUUAUUCCUAAUCUAAAUUAAAGUUAAUCUAACCGAUAGCUAGUGUUUAACUCCAAAACGCAAUCUCAAUGUAAAGACAAAACGAAAAUGGAACACAAAAAGAAAAUACCUACAGUUAAGUGAAUAGCAAAAUGAAUUCUGAAACACACACUCAACACACACACCCAGACCCACACAUAUUAAAUAGAAACAUUUGGGGUAUUCAGAUAGCCGAGCUAUAUGAUUAUUUGUUUUACCGUCUAACGUUUAGAGCAGAUUACAAAACGAUUCAAUGGCUAAGAUAUGCAAAUACACGGACAGUUCCCGGUUGGACUUGGAUUCGAUAUCCAGCUGAAUAUGCAUACGUACUUAUAUAAUUGUCAAUAGUAGAUGUGUGUUUCUCAGUUGAUGUAAAUUGAUUUCCGACUAACCACAAACUCAACCCGUAAUAAAGUGAAUUAAAUGUUA